AUGUAUGAGAUUAAGACUGAUGAUGUGUAUGAGGACUUCAAGAGGAUCGGUGAGAAGGAAGACUGCUGGGAUAAUUCAGAUUAUCCAAAAGAUUUUCCGUAUUACUCAGCUCAUAAUAAGAAGGUAAUUGGAAAGUUUAAGGAUGAAGCUGCAGGAGUACCAGUGAUAGAAUUCGUAGGGUUAAGGUCAAAGAUGUACUCUUACGUGAAGGAGAGUGGUGGAGGUGGAAUGACAGCUAAAGGUGUGAAAAAGUACGUGAUCAGAAACAAACUCACUCACGAAAACUUUAAGAACGUGAUUAAGACCAAAGGUAGGAUGAGACAUAAGAUGAACACAAUCAGAAGCAUCAAGCAUAAAAUCGGAACUUACGAACUGAAGAAAAUUACACUCAGCUGUUUCGAUGAUAAAAGAUACCUACUUGAAGAUGGUGUUACAAGUUACGCGUACGGGCAUCACUCAAUAGGAAAAGUAAAUUGUUAAAUAAUGUUGAAAAAAUAAUGCUGAAAAAUAAUAGAAAAAUAAUAGAAAAAAUAAUACCAAAAAUAAUAGAAAAAUGGUCUAGAAAAAUAUGAGCCCGCGUUUUUGAGGGAAAAAUAUGGAAACCGCUGACCGGAAGCUGGGUGAGAUCGCGGGCCGAAAAAGUGGUCUAGAACCCUCAUUCCCUAUACUACUAAAGAGACUUUGAUAUAUCGAGUCAUUGAUAUAUAUAUAUAUGUUAUUUACCGGAUUGGAGGUCCGUAUAGAGAAAUAUUUCUCGAGGUCUUAAAAACGGCCCGAGGCCGAAGGCCGAGGGACGUUUUUAAGACCGAAAGAAAUAUUUCUCUAUACGGACCGACCAUACCGGUAAAUAAUAUUUUUAUUUUUUUUUUAAUUCCUCCUCUGGAUUUCCCCAAUCACUCCUCCCGCACGCGAAUGAAGCUGCCAAAUAAAGGGUGUGACUAAAGGGAGAGUUACCAACCGGAGAGUUAUCUCGGAGAGUUAUGAUUUCGGAGAGUUAUGGUCGAACUACGCCCAAACCACGCCCACUUUCCCCAAUGACCACACCCAAUUUCGUAACUCUCCCGACGUUUCCUUGAAGUAACAUGAGAGAGUUAUGUUUGACGUAACUCUCUCUCGUUAACAUUAUGAAAAUGUUAGAGAGUUAUCAUUUUUUAUAACUCUCCGCGUUCACGAUUGUGGCAAUGAAGAGAGUUAUGUCAGUUUUUUUGAGAAAACCUUUAAAUAACAAAAUUUGUUUCUUCAGAUUUUCAUCUUAUAUUUUGGUAUUUCAGUUUGUAGCGUGUCAAUAGCGUGCGUCCAAACAGGAAAUAGUACAACUUGACUCGGUCAAAACAAUGAGAUGCUUGCCGCAGAAGGGUCAAAGUACCCCCAGAAGCAUGUUUUGACGUGUAUUUGGCAGUAAAUACGGUAAGCAUAGUUGCAAGAAAAUUGAAAAAAAUGCGAAAAUUGAUCUUUCAGAAAUUCAGGUUUUGCAAAUAUUUUCCCAUAUCAGCCAAUAUAGGGCAUUACAUUGGAAAGGUUUUCUGGUUCUAUCUAAUACGAGAGCUGUAUCUGAAUGUUGGGCUUUGUAGGUAAUCCAAGUGAGCAUGUAUAAUAAUUUAUUUACUGGUACUCGCUUCACUUGGUAAGUACUAAAGCACUACUAAUUUCUACUAGCGUGGAAUAUUAAAGCUGAAACUUGAGAAAAAAGUAAAUUCAGAAUAAUUUACUAAAAUGUGGAAGUUUUUUUCAAAAAACUGACAUAACUCUCUUCAUUGCCACAAUCGUGAACGCAGUGAGUUAUAAAAAAUGAUAACUCUCUAACAUCUUCAUAAUGUUAACGAGAGAGAGUUACGUCAAACAUAACUCUCUCAUGUUAGGUCAAGGAAACAUCGGGAGAGUUAAGAAAUUGGGUGUGGUCGUUGGGAAAAGUAGGCGUGGUUUGGGCGUGGUUCGAACAUAACUCUCCGAAAUCAUAACUCUCCGAGAUAACUCUCCACUUCAUAACUCUCCGUUUAGCCGGUCUCCCAAAUAAAACGUCGUUUCUAUCAAUGCUAUCGGGAAGAGAAAUAUCUUUUGUGAGAUAGUAAAAUUCGUUUUCACUGUGUUUUUCAUCGUCUGCAGACAUUUUAAUGUUUUAAAAAGUAGUUUUAAAAUUAAACUCGUCUUUAAAUUUUGAAAAAUAAAAACAUUGGCUCUAUGGCAUUAAAUCUCGCGCGGUCCGUAUACGGGUUCAUACGGACCGCUCACGUAGCCAAUCAGAUUGCAGAAAAGCGUAAAAUAUGACUUCGGACCGCAAGAAAAAAAAUAAACUAUAAUAUUUAUAGUAAAUUUAUACCGGAAAUAGGAAACACAGCAAUAGGAAACAUGGUAAUAGGUAAUGGCCCGCGCGCCAGGGAACACAGCAAUAGGAAACACGGUAAUAGGUAAUAGGAAAUAGUCCGCCAGGGAACACAGCAAUAGGAAACACGGUAAUAGGUAAUAGGUAAUAGGAAAUAGGAAACACAGCAAUAGGAAACACGGUAAUAGGUAAUAGGAAAUAGCCCGCCAGGGAACACAGCAAUAGGAAACACGGUAAUAGGUAAUAGGUAAUAGGAAAUAGGGAACACAGCAAUAGGAAACACGGUAAUAGGUAAUAGGAAACACGGUAAUAGGAAAUAGCAAAAAAAGUAGCUUUUGCAACCCACUUUUUCAACACGGAAAUAGGUAAUAGCAAUUACACUUCUGGGCUUCCGUACAUGACGAAACAGGGCACCAAGGAGCAGAUAAAAUGCUUGCAAGAAUUGAACCUCAUUAUUGGUGGCCAAAGAUGAAAGCAGAAGUAGAGAACUAUGCAAAAACGUGCAAACGCUGUGCUGCUACUCUUGCCCAGGGACAUAGAAAAACACCCAUUCAUCAACGACCAAAAGAAGAGAAACCAUGCAUUUGCGUUCAUACAAGUAGAUCUCAAGGGUCCAUUACCGAGAAUAAAAGAGGGAUUUGACAAUAUUGUUGUGAUAACAGAUCCAUGUACAAAAUAUGCAGAGAUGCAUCCAAUUCGAGGACAAACUAGCCAAGUUGUGGGUUGGAUACACUCGUGGGUUGGAUAUCGAGAUAUGGUUUACCAAACAAAGUGCACUCCGACAAUGGACCUUGCUUCAUAA